CGCCGGCCCUGCCCUGCCCUCACUUGCUGGGGUUAUAAAACCCACGACAGGACACAGAGCAGCACCAGCCACAGGCUGCCUCUCUGACAAGAUGCUUCUUCUUCCUCUCGCCCUGCUGUGCUUUUCCCUGUGCUCUGGAGCCAAGGCUGGGGAGAUCAUCGGGGGCACAGAGUGCAGGCCACACUCCCGCCCCUACAUGGCCUUCCUGACGAUUCUCACUGAGCAAGGCCACACAGCAGCUUGCGGGGGGUUCCUGGUCAGACGGGACUUUGUGCUGACGGCAGCUCACUGUGCAGGGAGGCUUAUAAAUGUCGCCCUGGGAGUCCACAACAUAGACGAGCGUGAAGACACUUGGCAGAUGCUGAUGGUCCAAAAACAAUUCCGUCAUCCAAAAUACGAUGAGAUGACUCUUCUCCAUGACAUCAUGUUACUAAAGCUGGAGGAGAAAGCCAACCUGACCUUGGCCGUGGGCACAGUCCCCCUGGCAGCUGAAUUUGACUUCAUUCCCCCUGGAAGAAUGUGCCGGGUGGCCGGCUGGGGGAGAACGGAUGUGAAGGGGAAGGGGUCUGACACUCUGCAGGAGGUGAAGCAGAAACUUAUGGACCCCCAAGACUGCAAGCACCACUCAGAUUUUGACCACAAUCUCCAGCUGUGUGUGGGAAACUCCAAGAAAAGAAACUCUGCAUUUAAGGGAGACUCCGGGGGCCCUCUCCUGUGUGCUGGGGUGGCCCAUGGCAUUGUGUCCUAUGGAAGGAUGGAUGCCAAACCCCCUGCUGUCUUCACCCGCAUCUCCCAUUACCGGCCCUGGAUCAAUAUGAUCCUGAAAGAGAAUUAACCCAGGAGCCUGGACCAGCCUAGAGAAGCCUGAACCUGACCUUGAGCAGGUUCUCUGCAGAAAUGCUCCCUGAAUGUCAAUAAAGACUCAGAGUCAGGCUUGAA